AUCAAUAAGCCAGGGCUUUAGAUGUCCCAUCUGUGUAGCCUCGUCAGCGUCCGCCUUACAUUCAUCAACUGCACGAAGUAAUUGGAAUAUAUACAUCAUCUACUCACUUCUCCCAUCCUUCAAUGUCCUCUCUCUCAUCUCAAUUUUCCUAUAUUCUACAUCUACAUCCACCGUAAUAUCCUUCACCACCAAUCCAAAAAAACCAGAACAAUGCACCUCAUCCUGACCGGCGCAACCGGGCUCGUGGGCUCCGGUAUCCUCCAAACAAUGCUCACCAACCCCUCCAUAACCAAACUAUCCAUCCUAUCACGAAAACCCGUUCCCCUCGCCGAAACACACCCCAAUCAUGAGAAGGCCAAUAUCAUCCUCCAUUCUGAUUUUAAAAAGUAUCCCGAGAAUGUGUUGGCUCAGUUGAGGGGUGCGGAUGGUUGUGUGUGGGCUUUAGGAACGAGUAGUUCGGGGGUUAAUAGGGAGUGAGUUUUUAUUGAGUCUUUGGGAAAAGGGCAGUAAAAGAAUAUAUGCUAACGAUUAAUUCACAGAAAAUACACCGAAAUAACACAAACCUAUACCCUCUCCGCCGCUCGAGCUUUCUCACCACUCAAUUCCCCAAAACCAUUCAAAUUCCUCUAUAUAUCUGGUGAAGGCGCAACUACAUCUCCAGGUAUAUUUACACCCAUGUUUGGUGUGGUGAAAGGAAAGACAGAGGCCGAUCUCUUGGCUCUUUCUGCAAAAGAAAAAGAUUGCGAGAAUCUGAAAGUGUAUAAUUUGAGACCGGGCGCUGUGGAUGCUUUUGCACAUGAAGAAAUUAAAGAAUUUGUACCGCAGAGAAAGGGAAUGUUGAAAUUCAUCGAGUUGGGUUUGUUUCCCGUGGUGAGAAUGUGCAGUAGGAAUAUGUAUACGCCGACAAGGGAGUUUGGGAGGGUGGUUACGGAGUUGAUGUUGGGUGAUGGGGAGAAGUUGGAAGGGAGUGGUAUUGUGGAGGGAAGUGGUGGGAGGACUUUGAGUAAUAUUGGGUUGAGAAGGUUGGGUGGAUGGUAGAAAAGACAUUUCAUGAUUGAUAUUCAUAUUUCAUGUUCGGUAAUAGAGCAAUUUUAAUAUGAUAUAGAAUAGUUAUUUAUUUAUUCUUAUUUCGUCUCAUUUUGAAACCCAUAUAUAGGUAUCUACCAACUAUCUAAUUCUCUUUAAUAGCUAAUCUCUGUAGUUCCUAAAUUCUCCUUUCCAUUUCCUUCCGUCAAAAGUCCUCUCAUAAACCACAAGUAUCAUGUACAUCCUUCCUCUCCAUCCAAAAUCCAUCCACCCAUCCAUCCACCUAUCCAUCUACCCAUCUCACAAAAUAAAAGAAACUUAAAAAAC